AUGCUGAAAGCAUCCGAUCAUAUUCGCUCUCGUCCUUCCAGUGUUCUGGUACAAGAAACUCGAGGGGCUCCCUACAAGGCAGUCUCCAUUCUCCUGGCGAGUUUCUUUACCGUUUGUGGUCUGCGCGACAUUUUCUUUUGCGGGACACCCUUGACAUCGGAUCCUACCGAAGCCUUGUUGCUGGGUCCUUUUAAAGAUUGUCAAAAUGAUGCAUACCAACAAGGCGUGUCGGGUGUCUUGGGAGCUCUUUUGAUUCUCGUCGCCAUGUUGCGAGGGUUCAUGUGCACUACCGAACACACGGCCGAUCUCUACUUUUCCAUGAUACCCUUGGUCUUUAUCGAUGCCGCGUUCUUAUACUUGGCACUGAGACCCGGGGUGGGUGCCGUACCGACCCUCUACGUCGCCAUGCAAGCCCUCGGAUUGGUCUACGAAGGAUAUGUUCUGCAGCUGGCACGACGGGAUUAUCUGGUAGUUGGUGUGUCGAAUUAUGUGAACUGUGCUUCUAUAGUUUCGUUGCUAUGA